GACUCACCUAAAGCACAAUUACGUCGAACAAUUGAGUGCUGUCGGACUGAUUUCUGCAAUCAGGAUUUACAGCCAACAUUACCACCUCUUGAUAGUACAGAUGGACUUUUUGAUGGCAGCAUUCGUUGGAUGGCAGUGUUGAUUUCUAUGGCAGUCUGCAUCAUUGUCAUGGUCAUCUUACUUAGCUGCUUUUGUUACAAACAUUACUGUAAGUCGAUGGCAAAGAGGCACUGUUAUAAUCGUGACCUGGAACAAGAUGAAGCAUUUAUUCCAGCUGGGGAGUCAUUAAAAGACCUUAUUGACCAGUCACAGAGUUCUGGGAGUGGAUCGGGACUGCCGUUGUUGGUUCAGCGCACUAUUGCCAAACAAAUUCAGAUGGUGAGGCAAGUUGGCAAAGGGCGAUACGGUGAAGUGUGGAUGGGUAAAUGGAGGGGUGAAAAAGUUGCAGUGAAAGUGUUUUUCACCACAGAAGAAGCCAGUUGGUUCCGAGAAACAGAGAUUUACCAAACGGUUCUAAUGCGCCAUGAGAACAUCCUUGGUUUCAUAGCUGCGGAUAUUAAAGGCACUGGCUCCUGGACACAGCUUUACUUGAUUACAGAUUAUCAUGAAAAUGGGUCAUUGUAUGAUUUUCUGAAAUGCACUACACUAGACAACAGGGCUCUCCUCAAACUGGCCUAUUCUGCUGCGUGUGGCCUGUGCCAUCUCCACACAGAAAUUUAUGGGACACAAGGCAAGCCUGCUAUUGCACACAGGGACCUGAAGAGUAAAAACAUCUUGAUAAAGAAAAAUGGAACAUGCUGCAUUGCUGACUUGGGUCUUGCAGUCAAGUUUAACAG